AUGGACACCAAAGAGAGAGGUACCGAGGACGAGCUACAUCCUCCUCUACUGGGAUACCCCACCCUAGUUCGGUGGUACAUCGACACCCGCUCCUUCCCCCACCAAACCCUUCCACUCCUCGAAACCCUCCGCCAGGACGACCAAGACUCCGUGACAAAGUACAUCCAGUGGCCCGACAAACAGAUGUCGCUGGCCUCCCAGCUCCUCAAGUACUAUAUCAUCCACCGGGCAACUCAUCUCCCCUGGAACAAAGUCGUCAUUCAUAGGACACCCCUUCCUGAGAAUCGUCCUUGUUUCCAUGCGAAACUUCUCGGUCCGCUUGUCAAGGAAGUCGAGUUUAAUGUCAGCCAUCACGCUUCGUUGACGAUUCUGGCGGGGACUAUCGUUUACAACAGUGAUAACGCCCCUCCGCAUCUACAUGGAUCAUCGGCGUCAACUUAUCAACCUCUCCCUCACCCUCAACCCAAACCCCAGAUUGGAAUCGACAUCACAUGCACCAACGAUCCCCGUCGCCGAAACAGGAGCCCCAAAACCCUGCACGACCUGUCAGAGUUCGUAGAAAUCUUCGCAGAAGUCUUCACAACGACCGAAGUGCAAAUGAUGAAAAACCCCCGCCUGACACUCGAAAAAGCGAAAUCUCUCAACUGCGGCCUGACGAUUGAUUCGUCGACGGAGCAGAGCCUCGCCCAAUACGGCCUGAGGCUCUUCUACUCCUUCUGGGCUUUGAAAGAGGCUUUCGUCAAAAUGACCGGCGAUGCGCUUCUAUUUCCUCAUUUGCGCGAGUUGGAGUUUAGUGAUGUUAUUCCUCCAGAUCCAGUUCCAGUCCCAGUUUUACACUCUGGACAUGAUACAUCUACCACUACAAAGUUAUCGGGUAACCGUUGGAGCCAGCCCUACACAUCCACGAAGGUUUCUUUGCACGGCAAACCAGUCACAGAUGUCCGCAUUCAGUUACUCGCGUUUGAAGAAGACUAUAUCGUCGCAACAAUAGGUCGCGGGGCCCACAUCGGACCUAUACCUGCAUCCGCAGAACCCGAAAAUGAGCAGCCUGUUCUUUUAAAAGAAGAGGGCGUGAGACUAGAUCCGAUUGAGGUGUCUGCGACGAGGAAGAUUGGUGAUGCUGAUCCUUGGCAUGAGGGACGUAUUCUGAGGGAUUCAUGGCUGCCUGUACAGGAGGUGGAUAUUGAGCGUGAUAUCCGGUCCUGCGCAGAGGGACGCUGUGGACAUUCUAGUUCCUUUGCUUUAUAG